AAAAAUACGUAGUAUCUGCUACUACUGGUGUGUGUUUUCUAAGGUGCCGUGCGACACAAGUACAAGUAGCUGUAAUUUCGGACAGGAAGUUGUGUUGGGCGCACGUUAUGUCAACGGAGACAGUUGCUGCUCAGGGAUAAGCAGCGAUGGUAACAAAGACAAUGCAAGGAAUAAGUCCGAAGACUUCAACGCUCUCAUUCCCAAUUUGGAAGAUGAAUAUAACACGGAGCGUAUAUUACGAAGUAUUGUAUUUCAUCAUCAAAAAACUCAAGAAACAUUGGCUUACCGACGAGCGGAAGCAACACCGACGCUGACUGAUGACUUGAUUGAAAUCAGUUGGAUUGAGGACAUUGGCAGCGUUCCAAUAUCGCAGCGUUCUUCGGGCGCUGUCAUUACUACAGUACAAAUUGACAAUAGCGAGUGCUGCAAAAGUGAGCUAGUAAGAUGCCAGCAUCAAAAAAUUCAAGAAACACAGGGAACUCAUCGUGAUGACCACUCUAUUGGACUGAGUCGGACUGAUGAUAUCGACUUAAAUGCUGCAACGUUACCAAUAUCGGAGGCGAAUACUGUCGCUGUGGAAAAUAUGAGCGGUCAAAGUGGAACGUCAAGAUUGGAGCAUGACAAGGUUGGCACACCCGCUGAAAAUGAACAACAUAAUUUUGUUAAAGCGAAUAUGAGUGAAGAAACCGAUGACUAUGACGAAGAGGUGUUUCAAAGUUGCAUGGAAAGUGACGAUCUGGAGAUUGUCGACUAUUCGUCCGGGGGGCAGAUUAAUUUACCAUCUAUUAUUGAAACACUUGCCGAACGAACAUCCCACGAUAUCAAUUUAUUGUCAAAUAACGAAUGUGCGGAAAGGUGCAAAUCAUCACCUGCAGAAUCAGCAAACCGUUUAGAUCUGAGUACUAUACGUCUAAUUGGAUCUAGUGAUAACACUAAGAUGUUUGUGCAAACGUCUGACCAGAAAGGAAAAAAACUGUGCUGCCCCUUCUGCUGGAAACUCGUUUGCAAAUUGUCACGACACGUAACAACAAUUCACAAAGACGAGGAACAAGUUCAAAAGUUGGUUGCUAUCCCGCAAGGUGGAGAGUUUAAUAAAGAGAGGUGGAACAUACAGAAUGCAAUUCAAACAGCUGGACUUUUGAGGUGGAAUACUGACCGAACCAUAAAUACGUCUGGAAUUCUGAUUGUUCCCCGUCGGCCACAUCCCAGCCUGAACAGAAUGGCGACCGAUUUCUUGAUAUGUCCGAAUUGUACCAGUUUUCACUCGAUCACCAACCUCAGAAACCACUUCACGCGUUGCACAAAUGGUAAAAUGAAAGGAACACGAAACAUAAAGAUACUCGCAAGAGCAGUCGAAGGACGCUUGAGUAAUGAAGCUAGUGAACAACUAAAAGAAGUAAUUCCCGUAAUGAAAGAGGACGAAAUCGUCCGUUUGAUUCGCUAUGAUUGGCUUUUGAUCGCGUAUGGGAACAUAUUGUGUAUGAAAUACAGCUUCCAUUUCCAACAAAACAUGAUAAGAGCGAAGUUACGAUUGGCUGGCCGUGUGCUACAUGCAUUUAAAAAGAUCAACCCCGAAGUGACUAAUUUCGCAUCAAUAUUUUAUCCAAAACAUUACAAAACAUUGAUCGAAGCGAUUAACGCUGUCGGUAAAUUUAAUCCAGCUACGAAUGAAUUCGGCGCCCCUGCGACCAGUGCGAGUGCCAUCACGUCAGUAAAGCAAAUUGGCUCCGUUCUCAAAUGCGAGUACAUUCAACGUGAGAAGUCCGAACAUGUGAAAAGGACUGACGAUUUUCUGUUCCUGAUGGAAUCCCAAUACACUUCAAUCAUUAACAAACGAGUCAAAGAGAGUCAAUUGGUGAAGAAACGUAUGAAAGACCAUAAAAUACCAUCGAACGAAGAUGUGCGUCUCUUCUCCUUGUAUGUGAAUCGUGAGAGAGAAAAAUACCUAAAAGAGCUAUCUGCAAAUUAUUCCCUGAAAAAUUGGGUUAAGCUAUCGGAGUUGACAAUAGCCUCCAUUAUAGUGUUCAAUAGACGCAGAACAGGUGAAUCACAGAACAUUCACGUGUGUGACUUCAAUCAUUGUGAAUCAGUCAACGAAACAUCGAACGAAGCAUUAUUUACAUCUUUAUCGGAGAAAGCGAAGGAAGUAGUUAGACUUUUCAGCCGGAUGAAAGUACGUGGGAAAAAAGGCGUUAUCAAUGUGAGCGUUUUAUUGCAAGCCGAUGUCACAUCUUGCAUUAAACUGCUGUUGUCCCACCGUCUGGAAGCUGGAAUUCCAUCGCAUAAUCCGUAUUUGUUUGCAUUACCAUCUCCUCCAGGCGAAAAGAGAAUAAGAGUCAUCAAUUCAUGCAAAGUGCUAGCAACGCUGUCAACAUUGUGUGGCGCCAAAGAUCCGUCAACUUUGAGAGGAACCAAUCUACGAAAACAUUUUGCGACCGCGUGCAUGGCUAAGGAGCUUAACGAUGACAUGGUGGGCGAGGUUGCUAAAUUCAUGGGCCAUCGUGAAUCCGUUCAUCGUGAAAAUUACCGACACAAUACAGUCGAUCGGGAAAUUGUCAAGAUAGUCGAGCUCCUUUUGGCAGCACAAGGAAAUGUGCAAGACGAGGAUGAUGUUAGUGACAGCGAUUCUGACAGUGAAAGUGAAGAUAUAACUAUGCUUAAUCCAGCUCUUCGUGUCGUUCCGAAGAAGCGUGGGAGUGCAAAUAAGAACAAAAUUGCUGUAACACCAUCAAGUCUAAAACGGAAAGUAAACGAAAAAGUCCAGCCUCGAAAAUUGUUAGUCAAUGGUUCUAAGUCGGCCCGUCAGAUCGGUCAAAAACGCAUGGGAUCGGAAGGAGGAGAAAAAGCGGGCGGGAAACGUAUAAAAAAGGAAGGAAAGGAGCGCUCUACAAAAAACUCAGUCGGAUCCGCAAUAUCCGCGCUUUCAGCCCGUCAAAAAUGCAUGAGAACUGAAGGAGCCAAACAACCUGAAAAAUCCGUACGAAAACGCGUGAAAGUCAAAGGAAAAGAACGACCUGAAAAGAAAUCCGGAGCCGGUAGAAAAAUCAAUACGAACACUUCCUUCCAGAUUUCGACUACCGACAAGAGUUCGGCAAACCACUAAAAUUCAAGAGAUUCGAACCACAAAUAAAUUGAUUAAAAUUAUGCCUCUUGUUUUGUAAAUUGUAAGUUCUGAGAAACGUUCUACAGUACAAGGUAAGUAAAUCCCAAAACGCUUGAUUUAUCGCAGUGGCAAAGAUGUAUUUUGUGAUGAAAGUUAACAGAUUUAAACGGUUGCAGUAAAAGUGAUGAGGAAAUGUUGUAUUUUUACUGAGUUACUGAGUUUA